AUGGUGGAUCUUGUUAAUGUAUGCCCGUCAUGUGGAUUGGAGGAGGAAAAUGUUAUGCAUGCUUUAUGUUCCUGUUUUUUUGCAUCUCAUGUUUGGUCUUUAUCUCAAUUGCCUAUUCCAUCUUUUAACGGCAGGAAUUUUAAGCAAUGGGUGGAGGGUUGGCUUGCCGAACCGGCCAUCACUCCAGACACCAAAGGAAGGAUUUGUGGCUUUUUAUAUGACAUAUGGACUUCCAGGAAUGCCGCAGUAUGGGAAGGGUUUUUACCAUAUCCGCAAAAACUACUACGUGGUAGUUUUGCUAGGUGGGAGGCGUGGAAGAUCAGUUUUCAGCAGCAUGUUCGUAACCUGCCUUUUCAGGUAGCAGAACCGAUUCCAGACCCCCAUUCAGCUGCAGGAGUAAUCUGUUAUGUAGAUGCAGGUUUUCAUGGCCCACAGCAUGCACCCUCGUAUGGAUUCAUUGUGUAUGAGGCGGAUGGAACCUUUAUGGCAGCGGCAAAUGGCCCAUUAACUUGUUCGUAUGAUCCUAUCUUGGCCGAAGCACUGGCAAUGUGUGAAGCUUUAUCAUGGUUGAAGGACAAUGGUUACACUGCAGUUACUUUAUGUUCAAGAUAG